ACUCCUACACGGGCAUCAAUCGCAGACGCACCAAACGGUGACUGCAGAGCAAGUGCUUGCCCUUUUAACUUGCAUGCAGCGGAAUUGGCCUUGUUUCACCUUAUAUUUCACAUUGAGCGAUAAGGAUUUUAAAGCAUCAUCAUGUCUCUUGCGGCAGAGGCGUUUGUGUCGCAGAUGGCAGGUAAAGUGUUGACUUUGUCACCAGCUGUGAUAUUGCGGUUAAGCUAACUGUUGUCAGCUAACUUUGGACAUAAAUACAGCUGUUCUGGACUUACGUUUUCAUUAAAAACAAUGAUCAUCGGCGUAGUGUGAAGUAGGGCUGCUCGAGUUUUAUUGUGCGUGUGGUUGUGUGGCUCUUUGGUCACCUUUUUCUUCGGUAAUGACAAACGUGGCUAACACAAGCUGUGCCCUAGACUGACAAUUCAACCUAGAGGAGUAAUGUGGGUGUACACUGCUGACGAAGUGGUUUUGUUCAGGUACUACUGUUGACAAAACACACCAGUGAGUUCAAGUCAGAACAAUUCAGGUGGAUUCACGUCGCUGUCAGCUAUUUGUUGAGCUCCCAAAACACGUCCUUCUUCCAUGAAAUUCACCUACAUUUCACUGACUUUACCAUCGACCUCACGCCCACAGAGGCGAAAUCAUUUUUUCCUUCUCGCUCUCCCCGGGUACGAUUCGCUCUGGUCUGCCCGAUGCUGACCCUGGUGGCUGAAAACUUUGUUGCAACAAUCAUGACAUCUGUUGUGAAUUGACAUCUGGCCAUCAAGGGCAGCUGUGAGAUUCCAGUUUUUGAGCGUAAUCUGCGAAAGGAUAGAGUAAUCUAUUCAGAGUUUAUAUAGAAUGUAUGGAGUUUAAGAAGAACAUGUCUUUUUCUGCCCAUGAGCACAUAUACAUACAAUACACCAUAGUCCUGGAUUGUGGGUAGGGCUGGGCGAUAUGGGAAAAAGUUUAUCAAUAUAUAGUUUUUCAUAUUAGUCGAUAUUGAUACAUAUCACAAUAUAGAAAAUUAAAUUUAAGAGUACUUACUGGUAGCAUGUCUUGCAAUACAAUAAGCCACUGCAGGUCUGUGAGGUCUUUGUGUCUCUUUGACGUUUUGUCGUAAGGUGUUGCGCAAGAGAAAGCAGAAUGGUGGUCUGUUUCAGCUGCACAGGCGCCAUGGGCUUGCUCCGCUUGGGCUUCGUAACCUUUUGAAUAGUGUGUGCUCUGCUGCGUGACACUGCUUCAGGUGGUGUAAAAGAUUUGAGGUAGUUUACAACUUUGCGAGAACAUGUACUCAACAUAAUUUGGAGUGCACAUUACUCUGCUUCAUGUCCGACCUCAAAAAAACAAAAUCCUCCAAACCUCUGACGGUUUCGUACCAGUGUUGUUGACAGUGUCGUCAUCUGUUGAGCCUUCAUCUGCAUUUCUGCUGGGGGUAGCACUCAUUUUCUUUUUUUCUCAGAGCCAGUGCUGUCGGCUUCAUGUGUUAAAGUGCUAUGGUUGCGUGUAGCUGCAGCGUGCUACUAUGCAGCUGUUUGCUACUUGGUUCUAUUUCAGCACAUGAUUGGUUCAGUGUGAAGUGGAACUGGAGCAACUCCCCUUGUCGUUGGCUAUUGGCUAGUCUACCAAAACAUGGCAGAAUGAUGACUAUCGAAAAGGAUAUUGACCAUGUUUUAAAUUGAUAUUGCCGGAAAUUAAUUUCACUAUAUCGUUAUCGUUUUAUCGCCCAGCCCUAUUUGUGGGAUACACUUAUCGCAUCAUGGGCAAAAAAUCGAUACUUAAAACUAGAAAUAAUACAGUCCUCUAAUGGGGUUUGCCUUAACUUGGUGCACUGUGUCAGUGCUACCUUACUUAUUGAGGUGGCACUUAUGACAUUACUUCUGUGAUUUACCUACAGAGGUGUUUAGAUUUUUUUUUGGUAUUGAAAUAUAACUUGUAGUUUAUUAUUGUCUUGUAAUUGAUCAGAUAUUGCAGUGGUGUUGUAUAGUGAAAUUGCCCUUUAAAACUGUUACUAAUGCAUUAACCCAAAUUUUAAAGCAUUAAAGGAGAAAUACAACGGUUAUGUCCUUCAGCUGUAUAAACCUAUGUGGCUCUCAUUCAUUAUAUUUCUGCAUGUGGGUCUGUCUGUGUGUUUCUGUACUUGGCUUGACAGCUGCUGAACCUUGGCCUGAAACUGCAACCUUGUACCAACCAUUGAAGGGUAAGUCACUUGACUGAAAUGCACAAACUCUGUGAAAUCCUACUCUGAAAGCAUGCUGUUAGUAUGGUUGUUGUUGUGCUUUCCACUCUGUUUUGUUGUGUAUUUUAAAAGUAUAUCAUAAUAAUGUAUAUUUGUUUUUCUAUGUGGAACAGAGGAUCAGAUUCUGCUUUCAGACUGUGCCUCAUCUCUUGCUGUCCAGGUAAAGUUUGUUUGUUUCUGUAAGUCUGUGUCUGCCCAUUAACAGAUAUUGUAGUUGGACUGUGGAUCACAACCAGUAGAAAUGACAAAACCGAGGUCACAAUUUUUCAUUUUACUGGAAAAACUGUAAUAUUUUGAAUAUUAAAACUGAUAUGUCAGAGUUGAUACAAACAAAAACACAUUUUCAUGAAUCUAGAAAUAGAUCAAGGGAUCUCUGUAACAUUCUAACGUUUGAUUAUGAUGCAGUUUAUCACACAUUUUAUCCUGAUCAAAAAAUACAGCAUCUGUGAUUUGGAUAUUGACCAUAUUGACACGUGGUAAAAUUAAGAUUACAUGCGAAGUCUUGGUCUUUAAAACGAACAUCUGUGCACCUGCAGCAUAUCUGCAGGUCUGAGCAUGCAGUCUCUUGGUUCAGGAAUGACCUAUCAUGUAGGUCUCAGUGUGUCCAGAUGGCAGGCUCCACAUCUACAUUUCUGAUGGUCUCAAAAGGGGUACCACAAGGAUCGAUGUUGGGGCCCAUUCUGUUUUCUAUUUAAAUAAAUGAUCUCUGUAACAAUCUGUCAGACGCCUUCUAUCAUUUUUAUGCAGACGAUACAGUCAUUUACUGCUGUGCAUCGUCUGUUGUGCAUGCUUUCACUCGUCUGCAGUCGACCUUUGAUGUUGUUCAGGCCUGCCUCCAAAGGCUGAAACUGGUCUUGAACAUUGAUAAGGCAAAGGUUAUGCUGUUUUCCAGGGCUACUGUGCUGUCAAUAAAUCUCCCCGUGUUAACCUGCGGGGGUGCAGCCAUUGAGCUAGUAUCAUUCCUAUAAGUACCUGGGUUUCCAUCUGGACGAUUGUCUAAAUUUCAAAUAUCAUAUCUCAAACCUAAUUUCUAAACUUAAGGUAAAAUUGGGCUUUUGUUUUAGGAACAGAUCUUGCUUUUCUCUUGGAGCCAGGAAACGUCUUGUUUCAGCAACCUUUCUUCCAUUGCUUGAUUAUGGUGAUGUACUGUAUAUGCACGCACCAGUCACAUGUCUACAUUCCUUGGAUACUGUCUGUCACUGUGCUUCAAGGUUUGUCACUGGAUGCAAGAAUCUGACGCAUCAUUGCACUCUGUACAAAAAAGCAGAAUGGCCCUCCCUGUCUGUCAAAAGAUUCACUCACUGGUUGACUUAUAUUUACAAAGCUUUACUUGGGAUGGUGCCAUCCUAUCUUGGAUCUUCUUACCUUGUGAGAAAUAAUGGACAUUAUAGGCUACGAUCCACUGGCUUGUUGAUGUUAAAUACUCCUCGUGUCCCCUCUGAGUUAGGAAAAAGGGCCUUCUGCUUUGCUGCUCCUACUGCAUGGAAUCCGCUACAGAAGGAACUAAAAUGAUCAGAUCUGAUCCCCUUUGAGGACUUUGUGAAAAUUCUUAAAAUGAGGGAAAUGGAAAGCAUUGGCCUUUGUGACUGUUUUUAACAAGAUGUUACACUGCUUCUAUUCUGUCACUGACAAUUUUAUUUAUUUUAUUCUAUUGUAUUUCUUAUUGAGUUAUUGUUAUUUAUUUUAAAUGAUUUUACUGUAACUCUGUAACUUUGCUGCCUCUCUUUUGUAAAAGAGAUUUUAUAUCUCAAAAAGCCUCACCUGGUUAAAUAAAGGUUAAAUAAAAUAGAAUAAAAUAAAAAUAAUGUUUUGCCUUUUUAUUAGUAAUACUGAAGUUGACUGUCUAUUUCUUAAUCUCACAGGCCUACCUCCGGAUGUGCGGUCUACCAGUGCAGGUGGUUUGCAAAGCAAAUGCUGAAUACAUGUCCCCUUCUGGUAAGAAUACACUCUGCUGAAGAGGUUGACUUGCUGUCGUUGCUCCUGCUCUGUCCUUUUGAAUAUCAGCAUGAAUGUAUCUCAUUCAAAAGAUAAACAAUAUUGACUUUGCUUUUCAUUCGUCAUCUGUUUUUUAAUGUCUAAUAUUGUGAAUCCAGUUGCUGUUUUUACCUAGUUGAUUUAUUCAGCACUUAGUACCACUGAGUUCUUGGACUUGUAUAAUACCAGUCAAAAGUUUGGACACACCUCUUCAUUCAGUGGUUUCUCCUAACUUUUAAAAUUGUAUUCUACAUUGUUCAAUUAAUGAUUGAGACAUUCAAAAAUGAUAAAGGAACAGAUUGAAUUAUUUAGUCAACCAAAAAGUGCUUAACAAACCAGAGUAUAUGUCAUAUUUUGGAUUUUUCACAGGAGCCACCUUUUGCCCCAAUAACAGCUUUGCACACUCUUGGUCUUCUCUCUCCCAUUGUUGAGCCGUGUGUUUCAUUAUCAUCAGUGCUUCUUAGAAAAUACUGUCAUGAUUUGUAAUGUCCGACUCCAUCCAUUUUUUUGGAAUAUGUUUGUUUCUUUGUAGGUAAAAUUCCUUUCAUACAUGUUGGAAACCAGGUGGUGUCGGAACUGGGGCCAAUCGUGCAAUUUACCAAGGCUAAGGUGUGUAUCCUACACGUCAAAGUUGAUACAGACUCUAAGCACUUUGAUGUAUUUUAUCUCAUAAAGGCUCAUUUAUGCUCAAUGUUACAUACUGAUCCGGAUACAGAUGGAGCUCUCUGUCUGUGCUUUGCGUUCUUUUCGUCUGUAUUUCUGCACAUAUCCUUGAAGUUUACGGAUACGCGCCAGACGGAGCAGUACCACUGGAAACCACGUGGGCAGUGUUGCUGCUGUCACUACCUGAUACGCAUCUCUAGAGAGAAAUGAAGAAGACAAUGGUGGGGUUUUUGCGGAUCAUUGUCAAUUUUUGUCAUACUCAAGAAAAGAAUCUUCCAUCCUCCAACAGUGAGGCAUUUAGUGGCCUGACCGACCGCUGCCUCCUCCAACACUGCCUCCGUUUUUGUCUCCUAUGCAAAAUCUACAUUAUCACUAGCUCCUCCACAGUCGCCACAUUUCCUUUUGUUUGCUGUUGUCAGAAACUUUUGACUCCAGCCUGUCCCCUGGUGGAUGUAAUGGUUAACAUCCAUGCCAAUGUAAAGGACGCAUGGAAGUAUGUGGACAGUGACGGAACCAUCAAUGAAAUGGACGCGUAUAUUUUUAUACGUAUGACGAGCAUAAAUGAGCCUUAAGGUUCUUUUCAUGUCAGGAAAUCACUGUUGAUGUCUUUUUCAAUUUAUUAUGAAGAAUAUCCUGUAUAUUUUUUUUUCUAAGAUGAGAAGCAAUAAUACUUUGAUUUUUAUGUCUCAGGGUCAUUCUCUGAGUGAUUCCUUAGAUGAUGUUCAGCGAGCUGAAAUGAAAGCAUACAUGGAACUAGUCAACAACAUGCUGCUAACAGCUGAGGUACGCACACUCAAAGAUUCACACAGUCAGCAAACAGAGCACACAGUUGGUCCAGUCUCAUCCUGUUUCAGCUGGAUAACAUCAACACUCUGAAGUCACCUCUCUGUCUUCUCUGCAGUUGUACGUCCAGUGGUGUGAUGAUGCCACAGCUGCUGAGGUAAGUCUACAUUUUAAAAAUGAUUCGAGUGAUGAUUUUUUUUAUUGCCUCUCAGAUUAUAAGUGUGUGUGUUUUUGUGUAGAUCACCCGUCCCAGGUACAGCAGUCCAUACUCCUGGCCUCUGUGUAGUAUCCUGUCCUAUCAGAAGCAGUGGGAGGUCCGCAGGAAGAUGAACGCCAUCGGCUGGGGAGGGAAAUCUCUGGAGCAGGUUUGAGAAUUAUAUCCGCUAGAUCAUGCUUGAAAACUUGUUUCUUGCACAACUACACUUUAGUUGUCUAAAAAAUGAUAUAAAAUUAUAAAAAGAUGCUUUUUUUUCCUGAUAAUUUAUUUCAGGUCUACGAGGAUGUGAGUCAGUGCUGCCAGGCUCUCUCUCAGCGGCUGGGCACACAACCAUACUUCUUUAAUAAACAGUGAGUAUCUGUCUGUUAUAGAAGCUGGAUAACAGUAUUAAGGGGACAAUGUGAGAUAAUAUACCUCAGGGGAGUUCACUCUCAGAGCUCUUGAAUGGAUAUUUUCUUCCAUCUUGGCUGAACUUACCAUGUCACAGAGCGCUCUAAAGCUUUAACUGCAGCUCAAAGGAGAGAGUGUUGGGGAGAGAGGAGGGAAAUCAGGGUAGUGAUUAGGGCCCGACAGAUAUGGAUUUUUUGGGGCCGAUGCCGAUGCCGAUUAUUAGGGGGGGAAAAAUCCCAUUACCGAUUAAUCAGACGAUUUUUCAAAUUUUUAUGAAGUUAUAAAAAAUACAUAUAUACUGUAGAUAUCUACAGUAUAUAUCUACAGUAUACUAUAUACUGUAGAUAUACUGUAGGCUACUACUCUUCACGCUGACAGGAAGACUGACUGAUCAAACUCAGACCAGAAAAGCGUUUUAAACCACCCCCAUGUUACUUAUUUCUGGUCUCAUCUGGAGACAUGCAGCUGCCUCAGUAAGAGAAGUAGCUCGAUCACGUAAUGUGAACUGUUGUUUAUUCUACCGUUAUUGGCAGGGCUAACAGUGUAGCAGGGCUAAUAGCAGAUGGCUAACUCUAACUUUAGCUUGCAUAUUACAUGGUGCUUUACCGCUAACUCAGCGUGACCGAGACCAGCACAGCGAGGAACAUCGUGAAGUGGGUUGAACUGAAACUUGUCGACCUAUUGUGUAUUUCACAACUGGUUUAUUUACCGUUGAGGCGGACCACUCUCCUCUGUGCGUCCCUGAGCUGCCUGCUUCAGAUCCGUUACUCUGCGGUGCUGUGAGGUAGUUAGUGGAUGAAGACUGUCAUGAGGUCGCUGCGCCAUCUACAGGAUAAGUCGGGGAACUUUUCAAACGGCGGAACAUUUUCAAAGUGAGACCAAAUCUUAUUUUCCACAUUUUAUUUCUGAAAAUAUUUCGGCUCACCGAUUAAUCGGUCGGGCCCUAGUAGUGAUAAAUGUGGAUACACAAGAGCAGGCUUCACAGUGGUGCUCUAACUGACAGGCACAUAAGGUAAGAUAUUACUAACUCAGGGUUUCGGGUUGAUGAUUAACUUGUGGUGGUGGGCUGGGCAGUGCAGGGUGGCGCUGUGAUGUUUGAUAAGUGCAUUCGAAAUAAGCUAGUCAAACUAAGGUUUAUGAUUAUGUGGUACCAUAACAGAAACUGUAUGAGGAAGAAAACAGUAUAUCAUCAACAAUGUUAGUGUAGCCAGAGCGCAACAGUUUGGGUGUGCUUUUGUACAUUCACCAGAGUGUCCCAUGCUGUGCUGCCUUUGUCUGGAGGAAACCCUGCUGUUUUCUUUAUUUUUUAUUUUAUUUUCAUCUUCUUGGGUGGCCGCCGAAGUAAAGUCUGUGUUGGGGAAACACUGCUGCAGCACAUCUGACUUCACAGAAACUUCACAACAUCCCCAGAGUGUAAUAACAGAGCAAAGACAAACACUAAGCUGCCUUGAAACAGAUCAUAAAAUAUACCAGAUAUGUGAUGAGCUGAGAUAAAAAUGUUUGAGCUCUUUAUUAAGAAUUAGAUAUUGAGUAUAACUUUCAUAGAAUUAAAACAGUAGGGUGUCAUUCAUGAGUGUAAUUACUCUCUCUCUUUUUUUCCACUGAUAUGCUAUUUAACCAAAACCAGAAGAACUUUAUUGAUCCCCAAAGGGAAAUUCAAUAUACUUUAGAUUUAUAUCACACUGAUUAUUAAUGAAGAUUGUGAUUAUAAAGUGUUACAUCAUAUUUUUCCCCCUAGGAACUUUAAACCUAAUAAAUGAUACCCAGUGUUCCUGGAGACACUAUAAAAGUAGCCUAUAUUGAAAAGACAGAGGUUCACAUAACAUGCACCAAAUGUAAAUCCAGAUAUAAAUGAUUUGAUAAAGAUGCAUUUUAUUGGUGAAAUGGUCCACAUGGUUAUGAACAGGACAGUGAAUUUUCUCCAUGAGCAGGUGUUUGUUAAAAAGGUAAUGCCCCAGAGACAAAACACCGGUACUGUGUGUAUUUUAUUCAAGUUAGAGCAGUGCACAUGUGUGCAGACACAAACAGCAGUUUAUGCUUUGGCAGCUGAUCUAGUGGUGGGACGGAGACAGGACGUGCCAUGUACUUUUGAAAAUGCCUGGUUUACGCUUUAUGUCCCUGCAUCUGUCCAUGCAUCUCUGGUGGGAGGGACAAAGAAACAAGGAAAAGAUGCAUAGAUGUAAAGGAGAAUUUAGCUGUGCCUAUAGAACACCUUACUGGCUUUGAAUAAGUUGCAUAACAACAUCCCAUGUUCCAGUUUCACUUGCAUUUAAUGCAAUUGCAAUAUAAUAAUGACAACACAAUUUAAAAAAGGAUAAAAAUCCAAAGAAGUCACAGGACUUAUCCCAUUGCGACCUUUGAUAUAUUUAAGUGUACUGGAUGUGGAGUGUGCAUGGAAAUGUUUAACCAGCAGUGGCACCUCAGAAUAUGAGAGUGCAGAGAAAUAUGCAGAGUUCCCGUGAGGAGAACACUGGUGAGACAGUGUGAAAUUAGUCAUGACACAUGAAGCUACUGCUGGGGGGAAGGCCUUCUCUCAUCUCAGCCUUUUAUAAAACUUAACAAGCCAAAGAUUUGUUGUGAAUUUCUCGUCUUUACGUUUACUGUGAAGAGGGUUAGAUUCUUUUGCAGGAAAAUUCUACUUACACCCUCUGUUACAGCCCUUGGUAUCAAUAAACACAACGUUGCGAUCGACUGGUAGAACUUUUGUUCCUUGUUUGAGUACCGUCAAAAUAAAAACACAGCAAAAAUACAAAUAGUUUCUUAUCAUGACAAAUUCAUACACAACAGUAUUUAAAUAUUGGCAUUUUAUACACAACUUUACCAUUAAAACAAUUGAAAUUAUCUUAAAUUCAUGAAUACAUUCCCUCAACACACACACACCGUAACAUUUACACAGAACAAUUUCCCCCAACAUCAUUAAAACCACACGCAGUGUGCACCCAAGUAAACUUACAAUACAAACAAUAACACACCACUCAAAUAAUUUCAUGCCACCUACCUUUCUUCGCCUACCAAGGGUGCAAACUGGAUAUAAAUAGCAUCGAUGUAUGACGACCUGAACUUGACCCCAGACCAACUGUACCCAAGAAUAUAUAUAGAAUAUAUAUAAUAAACAAGACAUCAAAAGCACAAAUGCUUAUUGUUUGUCAUAAACAGCCGGAAGAUUUUAGUUUAACUUUUCUUUGUUUGAUUACACUUAUUUCAAUCAUUUCUCCUCUCAACAACAGCCUGCUCAUUCAUGUCCAUUUUUGUGUGGCAAACCUAGUGUGUGGCAAAACCGGCGUGCAACAUCACUAUUUAACCCUUUUUUUUGUCCUUUCAAACUUUACGGGGUGCACCAACCCUUGAUGUGAACAAAUCAGCUCAGCCGGCCACUUGCACGCUCACAGGGGAAAAUCAGCAAAGACAUGGACUGUUAUGCCCACAAGGGGGAGCCAAAAUCAACAAGUGGAAAAUUCCCUCUUAAAAUUGGAUAGUGACGGUCAUUACUCUGAAACACACAAUCAGACAUACACAGUCCUGCCAUCCUGAAUUCAGUGCUAAGGGUUACACCCAUUUUCAAGCAGAUGACUGUAUCCACCUUCUUGAAUUCAGUUGCUGAUUUCAACAGUAACAGAGUGUGUGUGUGUGUGUGUCUCUGUGUGUUGCAGGCCCACAGAACUGGAUGCGUUGGUAUUUGGUCACCUCUUCACUAUCUUGACCACCAGACUGACCAGCACUGAGCUGGCAGAAAGGAUCAAGAGCUACAGCAACCUGCUGUCCUUCUGCAGACGCAUCGAACAGACCUACUUUGAAAACAAGAGCUCAUGAAGGACAGAAAUCAUGACAAAAAUCUUUGUCCCUCUCUUUGUCUUUUUUCAUCCUGUACAUUCUGCUCUUCUUCUCUCAUUCCCUCUGUGUAGCACUAAGAAGCUAAAAAAAAGCGUAUACUCCCAUACCCGUCCCUUUGUGAUUCUUGCUGCCCUUCACCUCCUUUUUGCUUUGUAAUUUUUGUUGCAUGCGGCUUAUAGAACUAAAGUAGGGCCAGUUUUUUUUUAAGGAUUUUGAUGUGUCUACUGCAUGUAGGUAAGUAUAGGAGGACUAAAGUUCUGUAUUGUAAUUCCAGAUAUUAGUAGUAUCAAUGUACCCUAACCUCACUGUAAAGAUCAAUUGUAAGGGUACAGAGAGAAUUUUUUAGUCAAUGAACACAGAAUUUAUCAAGCAUUGUAGAAGAACAUAAACCACAUGUGCUGGUCGGUCUGAUCUGCUCAACCUGUCAUAGUGAACUGGCAGCCACCAAAUAUGUUUUCAGACCACGGAGCCUUUUCUGUCAAGCAUUAUAGCAAUUCAAUGAAAAUAUAGGUCAUAGCAAUGCCACUCUCCAGUGAUGAAACAGACAGUGUAGGCUUGUUCAUUUGCUCUUGUCUCUCAUAUCUGCAUUCUGUUACACAGGACUACUGUUUACUCUGACUUGCAUCACGGUGCAUUUUAAAACCCUUCAGACACUCAGAGGUUGAGUAUGGAUUGAAUGGCUGUGUGACACGGCUGCCUUUCAGAAGGCAGACCUCCACUUGAACUGGGUUUGAAGUGAGAUGGCUUUCUAUUUUUUUUCUUUGCAGGAACUCCAUAAGCUUGUAAAAAGUCUGUGAUUGUGUUAAUUGAGCUUCCUUUUUCAUCUGUACAAAAACCAUACUCACAUAAAUGUAAUGAUAAUAAGGAGGAUGUGACUUAUUCUUUAGGUUUUCCGCUCCUUUUUUUUUUCUUUGUGUGAAUUAAAAGUGCCUACAAAAUUAAAGUCAUCGAAUUUCAACUGAGUUUUUCUUUUUUUUUUUUUU